GAAUCUAACAGCUGUUAGCAGUUCUAAUUUUUACCACACGCACUAGUAGAGCGCGUGUUCGGUGAACGCAACUUCGUAAAGACGCGACGUUUCACUUUCAUUCGGUCUCCGCUGCAGCAGUCACUACCAGAGGCAGAGGUUACUUGCUCGAGAGAAAAAAAUGUCGUGGAGAGGAAAACGAAAAGACGAGGAUGUCCGAGCAUCAGAUGACGAUUCUGAAACCCACGCUCCGGCUAAGAAACUCGCAAAGCCAGCCGAAUCCUCCGACGAGUCUGACGACAUCGUCGUCUGCAAUAUUUCUAAGAACAGGAGAGUCUCUGUGAGAAACUGGAACGGUAAAAUUUGGAUUGACAUACGUGAGUUCUAUGUCAAGGACGGUAAAACUUUGCCUGGCAAGAAAGGUAUCUCUCUAAGCGUGGAUCAGUGGAACACUCUUCGGAACCACGCAGAUGGUAUUGAUAAGGCGCUCGCUGACCUUUCUUAGGAUUUUGAAAAUUGCAUUUUGUAAUUGGUAGUAAACUCUAGUAGAAGAUGAUGACUCCCAAGUGUUUUUGUUAUUUGGAUCGGCUUAAGCCUUUUGACGGUGUAUCAUGGAAUCUUUCUCUC